AUGUCCUUGGCAUAUGCGCUUGAGAAAGAGGUCGCUGUAGCGGCCGUCCGCCGUGCUUGUCAGCUCACGUCUUCCGUAUUCAACAAGCUCGUCAAGGGCGAACAGCUGAUCAAAGACGACAAGUCGCCUGUGACUGUUGCUGAUUUCUCCGCCCAAGCCGUCGUGAACACAAUUCUUUCAAAUGCCUUUCCAGGUGAUAAUAUUAUUGGCGAAGAAGAUUCAGGAGAUCUGCGUCUUGACACAAACAGCGAACUCUGCCACCGCGUUGUUCAGCUUGCGAACGAGGCACUGACGUCUGAACUUGCCCUUGGUGACAAUGUACAAUGGGGAAUUGGGCCUGGAAGUGAACGAACUUCAGGCCAGCUUCUAGAUGCAAUAGACCGCGGCAGGCAUCCCGGAGGUAGACUUGGCCGCAUGUGGACUCUAGAUCCUAUUGACGGAACGAAAGGCUUUAUUCGUGGAGAGCAAUAUGCGGUCUGCCUUGCCUUUCUCGUCAAUUCGGUAGUUGAAGUGGGUGUUAUCGGAUGUCCGAAUUUACCGGCCGACAUUUCAAAACCCGACGAACGGAAAGGAUGUUUGUUCAUCGCUGUACGCGGCCAGGGUGCAGAGCAGCGUUCUUUGAAUAAUGCCCAGCCAAACCCCCUCAAGGUGCCCACGUUCAAAGACUCGGACAUAAAUAUACUAGAGUCUGUUGAACCUAGUCACUCUGGACUUGGUUUCAACGAGCGGGUCGCAAAAAUCUUGAAUAUUUCUCGUCCUCCGACACGAUUAGACAGUCAGGCAAAAUAUUGUGCUCUCGCUCGCGGAGACGGAGCAAUCUAUCUCCGGAUGCCUGCUAAACCGGACUACAAAGAGAAGAUAUGGGAUCAUGCAGCUGGGUCGCUCUUAGUAGAGGAGGCGGGCGGUAUUGUUUCUGAUUCACGUGGGAAGCCUCUGGAUUUUGGACUUGGGCGUACGCUCGGAGAGAACUACGGAAUUCUCGCUACUGGGAAAGCUCUACACGGACGGGUGAUGGACGCUAUUAGACAAGCAAAGGAGGAAGAGGCUGACUUUGUAGGGACUGGCGAAUCUCAAGUAUAAUCUAGCACUCGUAUUGGCUAUUGCUGUCACUGAACAAUCACAUAUAUUGUUG